GAGAUGCUGUUCCCUCAGCAGACAGCUCGUUUGGUCCCUGACUUGUUGCUAGAUGCAGGCUGGGUGUUCCAGGAAGGCUCAGCUCCCCUCUAGCUCCCCGAGGGCCGUGCACAGGGGUGGGCAGGCAGCUGCACCCUGCCCAGCCCGGCUCCAGGAGCUCUGUAACCACUGUGCCCAGUUCACUGAGCCUCACCAGUGCUUGUUUUCCUUGGCACCUAAAUGGCAGCUGAACUCUUCUCACAAUCUGACCUAGUCCCCUUUUGAAGGUAACAAAGGGUGGAGUUUGUUCAGCGUGCUGAGCUCCAGCUCUGGGGAUGGUCCAAGUGGCAGCUGGAGCAAUUUCUUCCACUGUUUUCAUAAAAUAUAUGAAUGUACCAAAUUUAAAAGCAAAUAAAUUGUCUUCAGUACAAGUUGCAAUCCUCCUUCUGGCCCUUUUCACAUUUCUUCCUAUAUUGGAUGACUCAGAAAUCCACCCAGGUCCCAGAACAGCAUUAAAUUUCUCGGGUCUGGUGCUGAGAUGGGCAGAAUGAAUACCUGCAAGUCUUGAUCCUGUCUGUGGGAGCUGGGCUUUAAGGCUCUCCAGAUCAGUAUCUUAAACAGUUCAGACUUUUGCAAUCUUGUUGAUGGCAACCUUAACAUCUCUGUCAAAGGAUGAUGCUGCAGUUCUGCAAAUUUAAGGUGAUUUGGUUUUUGUUGGAUGAGUUGGUGCUUUUGAUGGAUUAGGAGGCAAGCAAUGUAAGGAGCAGGUUUUACAGCUUCUUCUACAUAGAAGUUAGCUGGCUUCUCCUUUCACCCAGCUCUUCCUUCUGGCAUUUUUAGUGCUUUUUGACAAAACCUGCAAAAAUAGGUCUUGUGUAAGUUUUCCAUUCUUGAUGUUUCAGGUGCAGGUGCCUAAGAGAAUGUUUUUUUCAAACCUCCUGUUUCUUUGGUGUGAGCACUGCAGGCAGCCCUGCUCUGCCUCAAGCCCAGCUGGUUUUGCCUGGCUUCAGGUUUUUAUUUGUGGCACUAACUGGGCACCUUGAACAGCCUUAGGGGCUGCUAAAAAGAGAGGCCUUUGAACUUGGGCAACUGAACUCAGAGCUGUGGAGUCUGGAGGAAGUUUGGGGCAAAGGGUGAAAACACAGGAACUGCUGCCCAUGCUGCAGGGCCCUCUGUAGGAGCCCUGUGACCCUGUGCCUGUCAUUGCUGCCACGUCCAUGCUCAGUAAACACAAACACACAUGUCACACUUCAGCCUUCCUCUGUCUAGGUCAGCAAGCCUGAACCAGGUUAGGAUAGAGAACCUUCCUGGGGGAGUUCACUUGGUGCAGGACAUUGCUUUCACUCACUGAGAAGUACUUUUCCAGCACUGAAGUCAAAUCUUGAGCCUUCUGGGGCUGAUGAGCUGUAGAAAUUCCAGCUUUGAGUGGGGUAGGAAAGCAAGUUCUUGAGCAUUUUGGGUCAUGCUGGAGCUUUUGGCAGUUUGUUGCAGAGGAGGGGAGUAUCCUGGCCAAAUUCCAACCUGGGUGAUUACAUUCAGCUGCCUGGAAGGGAGCAGUGGCAACUGCUUCAUUGCGCUGUUGGAAAAAGUGGUUUUAGGGUAAAAUAGGAUGAAAAGUACUUAGAGAAAUGUCCCUUUAACCCUCGUAGCAUGUUCUUUGAGGUCUUGUGAGGCUUGUCAGUCUGCUGUCAUCUUCCUCUAACUGCCAGUGACCCAAGGCUGGGGUGCUGCUUGGGGUGGCUGUGUCACAUCACAGGAUGGUCUUUGGGGCAGUGGAGCUUUUCUUUUUUUUUUUUUUGGAAUGCACAGACACAUUCCCAGGCAUCAAGCAAGAAAGCAGAAAGUGGGAGAAAAAAAAAAAAAAAAAGAAAGAAAUAAUAAAAGCACAUUGAAAGUUUUCUGUGCUAGAAAUUACUGUGCCAGUGGUUGGUGGUUUGGUUUCAAACUGAUCCUUUGCUCCAAAAAAGUGGAGAAGCACUGAUGUAGGGUAGAGCAACAUGGAAAUGUGUUUUCUGUUAUUUAUGGUCCCCCAUGUAUAACAGGUUUUUUUUUUCUCUCCCUGACUUCCCCUGCUUUGUUUUUCACCCAGAUUUUCUUGCUCCUGUUUGAAUGAUGCCCUCUAACUUUCCAAGUUUUCAGAAGACCCCUGUGUUUUCCCUGGGAUAGGAGUAUUGCAGCUGCUUCGUAGCAGGAGGAUGUUUAUGUCUUGUGUCACAGCUUAAUUCUGUUCUACUUUAAACCUAGAUAAAGGAUGAAGACUGUCUGUGCCAUUUUGAUUACUUCUUCUAGGGUCCAAAGAGAGAAUCAUUCCCCCUGACCUCCAUUUGCUCAUGGCCCCGCUGGCUCUAACUGGUGUAAACUUGCCGGUACACAAAAAUUCCAGUAGGAAGAACCACCUCCAUGUCCAAAAUUCCUUUGCCCCUGCUGCUAUCAGUGGCUCUUGGUAACCAUCUAAAAGCUGAACGACCCAAAGGCAGGAGAGCCAUCCAUGAGAAGCUGGUGUGGGAAUGGACCAGGCUGCCAUCCUCUUGAGAGAUGAGACCAAGGACCCGUCACCAUGACCGCUCCACGCGCUCCUGCGGACGGAGAUUCAUGCUUUGUCUCCAGACUGACCUUCGUUCUUGUUAAGCUCAUUUCACCUCCUGUCACAAGUUUUCCUUUUGGGAUCUAGAACCAUCCUUAGCCACGGAACUCCUGUGUAAACCACUGUCUUUUUCCCCCCACCCCUCCCAGCCCCCGGUUUCACACCAAGACUGUUACUAGGAUUGUUAGUGGAAUAAGCAAAGCCAGUGUUGGCAGGGUUUCACUUUGCCCCAGUAGCACCUUUUGCCGCAGAAUGCCUUACAGACACCCCCCAGCAUGUCCCAGUGUACCUCUUGCCAUGAAGUUCCCAUCCACUUAGGCACCACCUUAGCUUCCCAACCUGACUUUUAGGGACACUGCAGCACAUAGCACCUCAGACAGUAAGUCAGACGUCACCCAGAGGUGCCUUCCAGGUCCGAGAGCUUUCUCCGUCAAUGUACUCGGAGCUAAAGAGACCAUGUGUGCAUCCUGCCGGCUGAUCCCACCCAGCUGAGGGAGCAUCCUGAAGUGCCUGAGGGGAUGGCAGAAGGAGGGCACCCUGGGGCUCCUCCUGUCCGGCUCUGGGUGCGUCGUGUAGGUGUUUACUGUGACGAGCACCGCAAAACGUGGCUUGUGGCUGCGGAAGAGGAGGAAGGUAUGCUGAGGGCUCGGAUCCAAAGAGUUCAGGUUCCCCUGGGUGAGGCGCUGCGACCCAGCCAGCUCCCCCCAUCCCGGCUGCCUCAUAUGUGGCAGCUGUCCCAGGGUGAGCAGUACAGGGAUAGUAACUCUCGCGUUUGGGAGAUAGAGCACCACCUCAUGCUUGGUGGUGUUGAAGAACUGCUGCUUAAACUCGUGCCUGGUGAUUAAUCUGUUCUCUGAACAUGUCCCAGAAGGAUCCCUGCCAGAA